AUGGCGGCCAUCGUGGGCCCCAGCAGCAACGGGGUUCUGGGCGGCCCAGGACACCAUGCUGUCGACAGCCAUGCCGACGUGGACGCAACCAUGAAUGCAUUCUCCCAGUGGCUCAGCGAAAUGAAGGCUCGAUCGAACGGCAGCCUGCAAGCGAUGAUGGCCGAAAUGAGUGUGAUACGCGAUGGCAUCACCUCGAACAGCGCCGACCUCACAGAGUACAAGAGACAUUCCAUUUCUGUACAGCAGCAAAUGCAGUCGCAACUCACGGACCUGCGUGAGAAGCUCACGAGCGCGUUCACAGAGAUAACGUCGCUGGUGAAACAGAAGGCUGCCACGGAUCAGGAGCUGCUUAGCGAGAUCCACGCGCUGGGGCGGCAGCUGUCCAUGAAGACUGCGGAGCUGGAGGCUCUGAAGAAGAGCUACAGUGCGACGCACCAGCAGCUCCAACACAGCCUGGUGCAGCUGCAGGGGCAGCUGCAGUCCACGAGCAGUGAGAUCGUGACGUCGAAGCGCCAGGUGCAGGCCACGCAGGACACCGUGACGCACAAAAUGAAAGAGGUGGAGCAGUUGAUGGUCAAACUCCGGGAUCAAGUCGACUCUGGAGGACGCGAGGGCAACGCCACAGCCCUAGCGGUGCAGGAGGACAUCGCCAAGCUUCAUGAGGCCCUCACUGGCCUCUCUGGCGAUUUCUUCGAGCACAAGAGACUGACGCAGCAAGUCCAGAGCAAGCUCCUCAACCAAGUUGCUGCUUUGGAAGAUGGGAGACAACGCUCUGCGUCUCUGCUGCCACAGGACGGCGACUACGUCGUCAGUGCCAGUGUGCGAAAGGGCUUCGGGCAGCCCAUGCUGAAGCUGAGGGUGUCCCUUCUGCACGCCGAUGGAACCAGGGCUUGGCGGCGCUUUGCCAGACACUCAGCUCGGCACCACUACCUGAGCUCCCAGCUCAGCCCGGCCGCCACCUGCGCCGAAGUGCACUGGGGAGACGAGGCCGUGGCCUUUCUGGCGCUGCUGCCACGGGAAGCCGCCAGACGGACUGUCGAGAGCAUCGCCUUGUCGUGCUCCCCGACUUCCAGGGUCUUGGCAUCGGUGCGGCCGCAGAGCACGGAGCCCGCCUCCGGUUUCUGUUGUCGCGGCUCCAGCCUAGGCGUGCGGCGCAUGCAUUGUGCUACAGGCUUCUUUGGCUGCGUGCCUCCGCAGCGGUAUUUCUCCAGCACCGCCCACUUCCAUCUAGGAUCUGCCCGUGCUCGAAGUCCCCUCUGGGCCUCCACCCCCUUCGAUGGCAGCGAAGCCGCCAGACCCGGGGACACGCGGCUUCUCUUUAAGCACAUGUAUGUGGGAAAGGGGCCAGCGGCGUGGAAAGCCUUGCCAGAGAAAGGCGAUCGCCAGGAGAGCACCGCCGGCUACGCCGGCACCGCCUUCCGUGACUCCCCGCACAACCGUGCCGCGGUCCUGCGGCCGAAGAAGCUAAAGCGCAGGGGCCGGCAGGAAAGCACUCAGAUCGACUGCAUCGCAACUGCGGGAGAGGCAAUAAAAGUGCAGGUGGUUGAA